AUGCGCCUCCCGGCGCCCUACAUCUUCUGCUCAAUCCUCAUCUCGAUAGGAGGCCUCCUCUUCGGCCUCGACACUGGCUGUAUCGGUCCCAUCACUACGAUGCCUACUUUCCUCGACUCAUUUGGCCCGCUCUCCUCGACUAUCCACGGUAUUUUGGUCUCAUCAAUCCUGAUACCGGCAUCCUUGACUUCUUUCUUUGCCGGCAAUGUCGCAGAUCGCAUGGGUCGUAUCAGAACUUGUUCUAUCGGUGGCUUGGUAUUUGCAGUGGGAACUGCAUUGGAAGCAGCUGCUCAGAACCUUGCCAUGCUGUUUGUGGGUCGCUGCAUCACUGGUGUGGGUGAAGGGCUGUUUCUCAGUACACUUGUAGUGUAUGUGUGCGAAAUCGCUCCUGCUAGACAAAGAGGCGUAUUGGCUAGUGUGCAGCAGUUGCUGGUCACCAUGGGUAUCGCAGUGGGCUACUUUGUCUGCUAUGGCACUGUACGAAGCUCCGCCACGAGUUUCAGCUGGAGGUUUCCUUUUGCUUUGCAGAGUUUCCUUGCUUUCACUUACGCAGUAUCCGCGUUCUUCUUCUUGCCAGAGUCACCCAGAUGGCUCAAGACUAAAGGCAGAAUGGACGACUCACACGACGCAUGGGAGAAACUAGGAAUCGCCGAUGCCGAGCGUGAGAAGGAUGAGCGGAGCAACCAAAACUUGACGGUGCAAGAGCCAGAGAGCCUGGCAUUAACUCCCAUCCGCUCACGCCAAAGCAUACACUCCGCCCACCAGACCUCCUGGCUCGCCGUUUUCGCAAAAGACGUCCGCAAACGCACUUUCCUAGGUUGCUUCCUGAUGGGGAUGCAGCAGCUCUCCGGCAUCGACGGUGUACUCUACUACGCACCCCUACUCUUCCAACAAGCAGGUCUGAACUCGUCCACCUCUUCUUUCCUCGCCUCUGGAGUUUCAGCAUUACUCAUGUUCCUCAUCACCAUCCCCGCUUUCAUCCUCGCAGAUAAAUGGGGUCGCAGGACCUCGACGCUGGUGGGCGGUAUCCUUCUCAGCAGCACAAUGUUUCUCAUCGGCGCUUUGUACGCAUCCGGCGUCGUCCACGGCUCCCACGGCGCCGCCCGCUGGAUCGUAAUCAUCCUCAUCUACAUCUUCGCACUAACAUACUGCACAACCUGGGCCGUGGGCAUCAAAAUCUACGCUUCGGAGAUCCAACCGCCGAAAACUCGGGCGCCUGCAACAAGUCUUGCGCAGAGUUCGAAUUGGGUGGUUAAUUUUGUUGUUGCGUUUACCACGCCUGUGUUUUUGCAGCGCUCGAGUUCGGGCAUUUACUUUAUGUUUGGGGCGGCGAGUUUGUUGACGGUGGUUGUUUGUGCGACGGAGAUGCCGGAGACGAAGGGCAAGACUUUGGAAGAGAUUGAUGGGGCGUUUGAGCAUGGUGGUGAGGAUGGGCAGCAGAAGCGUUCGGUGGGGAGGAGGGCAGUGGGCUUGUUGAGGAAGUGGCAGCGUGGUCGUCUCGGUCAGCGUGGGGCGCCUGUCGAUAACCAUGAGAUGUAA